UCCACUUUUCAGAUGUGUCCAUUCAUGCGUGAAGCUUCCAAACUUGCCGAAGUUCGAGCUUUUUAGGAAUCUGUCGAGUAUUUUCAGGUGCGACGCUCACUCCGAAAGAGUUCUGUGGGAGGUUGGGAAGUCAUGACGGUCGUUCCUCUCGAAUCUCUACCUUUAGGUUUCCGUUUUCACCCCACCGACGAAGAGCUCGUUAACCACUACCUCAAAGGAAAAAUCACCGGCCGACUCCAUUCUGACACGCAAGUGAUUCCUGAGAUCGAUGUCUGCAAAUGCGAGCCAUGGGACCUCCCUGAUAAAUCUUUGAUCCGAUCCGAUGACCAUGAGUGGUUCUUUUUCGCGCCUAUUGACCGCAAGUACCCUAAUGGUUAUCGGUCUAACCGGGCGACGGGGGCUGGUUACUGGAAGGCCACUGGUAAGGAUCGGGUCAUUCGGUCGCGCGCGGCGCCGCUUCCUGGUGUCAUCGGGAUGAAGAAAACCCUUGUAUUUCACCGCGGCCGAGCCCCAAAAGGAUUACGCACUUGCUGGAUUAUGCAUGAGUAUCGGACUACCGAGCAGGAAUUUGAGUGCGGGGAACAGGGUGGUUAUAUGCUUUAUCGCUUAUUUAAGAAACCAGAAGAGAAAAGCUUAAAUUUUAAUGAUGAUGAAAUGGUGAAUGGCGGUUAUUCUCAGACCAACUCAAAGUUAUCCCCAGCUGAUAUACAACAGCUUACUUCAGAAGAACCAGAGGAUAAUUUAGAACAGACAUCUACUGAACUUGUUCUGUGUGGUGAACGUUCAUCACAAUCUUUGAAUCAAACCAUCAAGGAGCAAUCAGCCACGAAGUUAAAGUGGCUUUCUGAGAAAAUUGAUUGCUUGAGGGAUUCAACAGUGGGACAAGAAGAUGGUCAUUGCAAUGCUCUUACAACUUUCAAUGAAGCUAACAAUAAUGCUGAAGCAACAGGAGCAACGAUUGAUCCCUUGAUCAAUGUUUUAGAACAAUUUUGUGACCCAUUUGAGGAGCAAACGGUAGAUCAAAGUUUCCCAAAUGACACGGACUGGCCAGUGUACAACAUUGGCUAUGAACCAGACCAUAUUGAGGAGGUCUUGAACACAAUGCUUGCCCGUCAGGACAAAUAUGGUGAAGAUGAUGCUCAACAUAAAUUUACAGCGGAGUUUCAAUCGAUCUGCAGGAAAGAAGAUUCUCAAGAUUUUGCAAGGGAGUCUUUUUUGAGCAGUGAAGUUUAUAACAGCAUGUUGGCAUUACAGCAGGGAGGUGCUUAUGCUGGCGGAAUUUGUGAGAAGCAAAGCUUACAGAUUUCUCUUCCACAUAUUAACUGUUCUCAUGAAAACUCAGCAACCGGACUACAGUACGGUUUGCUUUCUAGUCAAAAUAUGCUUCAGCCAUACAACUCAGGUGGGGCAGAUAGUUUCUCAGUGAGCUCUGAUGCAAUAUCAUUUCAGGAUGAUUUCGCAGCAUCUGGUAGCAGAAUCGGACAGGAGAGUGUUACUGGCAAUGUUGACGGCCCUUAUCUUACAGUAAACAGUGUUUUAUUUGAAUCGGACAAGCAAUGUCAAAAUCAUAUCACUCCAGCAAUGCACGGACAGGCAAAGAGAAGGUUAAGAUUGCAGAAAAAAAAAUCUAGAGUACUACAAAGGAAGGAAGCAGAAUCAUCUAAUGGUAAUGGUGAUCGAUGUACGAGGAAGGAAAUUAAAAAGAAUAUGGAGUCACAACUAGCUAUUGGUGAAGAAAAUGUUGUGAAGCUCAGGGCUAUGUCUAUUCAUGGUAAGGCUAAACUGAGGCUGACGCCGAGAUUAAAUUGUAGAUUUUAUGAAACAAUAAAAAGCUCUUCUUUCUCGCCAUCAACUAUUUGGAAGGCUGAUGUUAUGAUUGCUCAUAUGAGGAGAUUGGCUUUGCUGGUAAUCUUUGCUCUACUGUUCAUUUAUUUAUGGAGAUCUGUUGCCGUUCAUGUUAUGAAGAUGCCUAAUAGUUUCGUGUAGUAUUUGCUGUGUUAUGUAAAUAUUAGCAGUAUAGUCUCUUAAUGAAAAAAAUUAUGUGCUUUCGCUUGGUUGUUAAUCUGUUUUCAAUUUUUAUAAUAACUGCGCUGAGGCUGAACCUGAUCGAAUACAAUAAUAAAAGUUUUGUCCACUGUUAAA